UGAUUCCUGGUGAUGUUCAUGCGCACUUACUGACACUCUUCAACCGAUAUAACUUAUACCAGGUCAAUGUUAACCUAAUUCCUACCCAAUCAUCACACCAUGAAGUCGGCAUCACUCUUCUGUAACCUGACAGCUCUUGCUGAGCCAAUUAUCACUAAACGCUCGGAUCCUCUGGACAUCGACGUUUCCAGUCAUCAGGAUACCUGGAAGUUCAAGGGCGUCGUGUUUGCCUACAUCAGAGUGACUGAAGGCAUAUACGUAAAUCCCGAUUUCAGUUCGAAAUACGCUGGUAGAACCAAUGUUGGUCUUACCCGCAGUGGUCAUCACUUCGCCCGCCCGGACUCAUCCACUGGUGCCACGCAAGCCUCGUAUCUGUGAAGCAUGGUGGCGUGCAGUCUGCUGACGGCAUCACACUCUCUGGGAUGCUUGUCAUUGAAUAUAAUCCAAGUGGCCCCGAAUG